AUGGCUUCAGUUUGGAAGAGACUGCAGCGUGUUGGGAAACAUGCAUCCAAGUUCCAGUUCGUGGCCUCUUACCAGGAAUUGAUGGUCGAGUGCACCAAAAAAUGGCAGCCAGAUAAACUAGUGGUGGUUUGGACAAGAAGAAGCCGGAGAAAAUCCUCUAAGGCUCAUAGCUGGCAGCCUGGAAUCAAGAACCCAUACCGUGGGGUAGUGGUAUGGCCAGUUCCUGAAAAUGUUGAAAUUACUGUGACGCUCUUUAAGGAUCCCCAUGCUGAAGAGUUUGAAGACAAAGAAUGGACAUUUGUCAUAGAGAAUGAAUCUCCUUCUGGACGCAGAAAAGCGCUUGCCACGAGCAGCAUCAACAUGAAGCAAUAUGCAAGCCCCAUGCCUACACAGACAGAUGUCAAGUUAAAAUUCAAGCCUUUGUCUAAGAAAGUGGUAUCUGCCACACUACAGUUCUCUUUAUCUUGUAUUUUCCUGAGGGAAGGAAAAGCCACGGAUGAAGACAUGCAAAGCCUGGCUAGUUUGAUGAGUAUGAAACAAGCUGAUAUUGGAAAUCUAGAUGAUUUUGAGGAAGACAAUGAAGAAGAUGAAGAAAACAGAGUGAAUCAAGAGGAAAAGGCUGCAAAAAUUACAGAAAUUGUAAACCAGUUGAAUGCUCUGAGCAGCUUAGAUGAAGAUCAAGAUGACUGCAUAAAGCGAGCAAAUAUGCCUUCAGCUAAAUCAGCCAGUUCCUCUGAAGAGCUUAUCAAUAAGCUUAAUUUUCUGGACGAAGAGGAGCAAGACCUGGCCAACUCCAGUAUGAACCCUUUUGGUGAUCCUGACACAGCAGAAUUAAAUCCAUUUGGAGACCCUGAUGUAGAAGAACCGGACACUGAAAUAGCUUCAUCUUCAAAGCCAGAAGAAAGUUUCUAUGCUGACAAUUACAAUCCCUUCAAGGACGAAGAUGCCCCAGAGUACUUGAACCCAUUUGAUGAGCCAGAUCCUGAGCCUGAAACAUUUGUAACUGUAAGAGAUUCUCCUCCACAACCUGCAAAAAGGAAAAAUGUCAGACCAGUGGAUAUGAGCAAAUACCUCUAUGCAGAUACCUCUAAAGCUGAAGAGGAAGAGCUAGAUGAAUCAAAUCCAUUUUAUGAACCAAAAUCAAGCCCUGCUUUAAUUAAAGUUGCUCCGCUGCAAGAACCAGAAAAGAAGAUGAAAAGAAAGGCUCCUGAACCACCAAACCUCUUGCCAAAGACAGAGACAGGCGUGAGUGAGAACAUGUCAGCUGUUCCUGCAUCGAGGGAGCUUUCUUCUUCUCCUAAGCCAAGCCCAAUACCAAGUCCUGUUUUGGGGAGAAAGCCAAAUGCUAGUCAGUCACUGCUUGUGUGGUGCAAAGAAGUUACAAAAAACUAUAGGGGAGUGAAAAUCACCAAUUUUACUACAUCGUGGAGAAACGGUUUAUCCUUUUGUGCAAUAUUACAUCACUUUAGACCAGACCUAAUUGACUACAAGUUCCUGAAUCCUCAAGAUAUUAAAGAGAACAACAAAAAGGCAUAUGAUGGGUUUGCCAGUUUAGGAAUAUCGCGAUUGCUGGAACCUUCUGACAUGGUUUUAUUAGCGAUACCUGACAAACUGACUGUUAUGACCUAUCUCUAUCAAAUAAGGGCGCAUUUCUGUGGCCAAGAAUUGAACGUGGUUCAAAUAGAGGAGAACAGUAGUAAAAGCACAUAUAAAGUGGGUAACUAUGAAACGGACACAAACAGUUCUGUCGACCAGGAAAAAUUCUAUGCAGAGCUGAAUGACCUGAACCGGGAGCCCGAGCUGCAUCCUCCGGACAGUGCUUUGGCAGACUUCGCUUCUCAGGAUGACUCUGUAUUUGUAAAUGACAGUGGUGUUGGCGAAUCUGAGAGCGAGCAUCAGACUCCCGAUGACCAUUUAAGCCCAAGCACAGCUUCCCCUUCUUCUCGCAGGACUCGAAGUGACACAGAUCCACAAAAAUCCCAGCAGAGCUCUGGAAGGACUUCAGCAUCUGAAGACGUUGGAAAGUGUACCAGUACAGAUACAACGCAAACGCAGCCAACAUUGGGAAGGAAGAAAUUGCUGAUAGCUGACACUUUAGACUUGAGUGACUUGACACAUGUCAGUGAUCAAAAAGAGGACGUGUCUCCCACAGUUGCUUGUGAAGAUAACGACAAGAAGAGACACCAGAGCUUAGACAGUACCAUUGGUUUCUCAGAGCAAGAAAAGCUGGGACGUAUAGGAUCCACAGAGAGCACAAGAGCAGAUCCUGGUUCACCUGUCACAAAACCGAGUUUAUCUCCUACUUCUAAGCUUGGAUACUCCUAUAAUAAGGAUAUGGAUCUUGCAAAGAAACCGCAUGCUUCUCCAAGGCAAACAGAAUCUGAUUCUGACAGCGACGCCAGAACAGCUUUAAAUCAUGCAGAUCAAACUGCAAAAACAGCCCAGCAACGAAUGUUGUCAAGACAGGAAGAACUUAAAGAACGAGCAAGAGUUCUGCUUGAGCAAGCAAGAAGAGAUGCAGCUUUAAAGGCAGGGAAUAAGCAGCUAACCAAUACGAUCAUCCCACCCCGCAAUAAGCAGCUGAAUGAUCAGCAAGAUGAAGAGCGGCGUCGGCAGCUGAGAGAGAGAGCUCGUCAGCUAAUAGCAGAAGCUCGAUCUGGAGUGAAGAUGUCAGAACUUCCUAGCUACAGUGAAAUGGCUGCAGAAAAGUUGAAAGAAAGGUCAAAGGCAUCUGGAGAUGAGGAUGAGGAUGAUGAUAAUAUUGAGAUAGAUACUAACGAGGAGGUUCCUGAAUGCUCUGUUACUGGAGGUGGAGAUGAGCUUACUAACCUAGAAAAUGACCUUGAUUCAACGGAACAAAACAGUAAGUUGGUGGAUUUGAAGCUAAAGAAGCUCCUAGAAGCUCAGCCACAGGUGGCAAAUUCACUCUCCAGUGCUGCUCAGAAAGCUGUAACUGAUAGCUCAGAGCAAGACAUUAAGAAUGGAGCAGAGGAACAUCGUGCUGAGCGAUUACAAAAAGCAGCAGAACGGUUUAGAAAUCCCGUUGUGUUCAGCAAGGAUUCUACCGUCAGAAAAACUCAGCUCCAGUCUUUCAGUCAAUACGUGGAGAGCAGACCAGAGAUGAAAAGGCAGAGAUCAAUACAGGAAGAUACAAAGAGAGGAAAUGAGGAGAAGGCUGCGAUAACUGAGACUCAGAGGAAGCCAUCAGAAGAUGAAGUGCUUAAUAAAGGGUUCAAAGACACCAGUCAGUAUGUUGUAGGAGAAUUGGCAGCACUAGAGAAUGAGCAAAAGCAAAUUGACACCCGUGCCGCGCUGGUGGAGAAGCGCCUUCGCUAUCUCAUGGACACAGGAAGAAACACAGAAGAAGAAGAAGCUAUGAUGCAGGAAUGGUUCAUGCUGGUUAAUAAGAAGAAUGCCUUGAUAAGACGAAUGAACCAGCUUUCUCUUCUGGAAAAAGAACAUGACCUAGAAAGGCGCUACGAACUGCUGAAUCGGGAGCUAAGAGCAAUGCUUGCUAUUGAAGGUAAGAGCAAUGCUGGGUACCGAGGGAAGGAAAAUGCUUGCUGCUGA